AUGAAUUUUGAAGAAACUCUUCUUCAACUGUCUGAUAACAAUUUAAAGUCUGAAUCCAAUGAUCACUUAUAAACUAUUUUAAACACUUAAACUUAGAGUAUUCAAUUCAAAAAAGAAAAUCUUACUCCAAAACUUGUUCUUUAGAAAUUAUCUAUAUAAAAAAAAUUAGAUGUUUUAGAAAAAAAUAUUCUAAAAUAAGAUGUUAUUUUAAGUAGUAGAAGAUCCAAAAAUCGUUUACAUACCAAUAUGAAUUCAUUAAAUGAAAAUGAAAUUUAAUAAAGAUUAAUUUUUACCAAUCCUAAUAUGACUGAUCAAUCAAUUCUAAAAAAAUAAAAAAAAGAAUUGCAAACUUAAAUUACAUCUAUUGAGUUUAAACAACGAGAAAAUUAUUUAUAAAAUUAAAAUCGAAUUAAAUAAAUAUAAUAAGAUAAGGAGUCAUUAAUAGAGAAAAAUUAAAACUUAAAUGAACAAUAAUAGAAACUCAAUUAAAGAUAAUAAGCUCUAUAAUUAAAAUAAUUUAAUUUAGAAUAAUAAGAAAAAUAAAUUUAAUAUUAAAUAUUAUGCCUGAAAGAGAAUGAAUAAGAAUAAUUAAAACAUGUAAAUUAUUAUUAUUAUUAUUCCAAGGAUGAAUUUUUAAAUAAAAGAAGAGAAAAUAUGGAAGAAUUGUAAAUAAAAUUGAAUGAAUCUGUUAGUCAGUUAUUAAAUUUGGCAAACUCAAAAAAUAAAGUUCAAAAUUAAUUAACAAUUUAAUUUGAAGCAAUACAAUUUCUGAUUAAAUAUAUUAUAAAAGAAAAGUAAGCUUUAGAAUCAGAAUAAUUAUAUUUACAAAAAUUUAAAUAAGAUGUAUUGAAUGAGAAGAAGCAAGUUUUAUAAGUGAAAGAUUAAAUUAUAUGA